AAGUGGGAAUCCUGAUUCUGGGUGAGUGGGCCAAGGGAGGUUGGGUGAACAAUAAAUGGACAAUGACAGGAUUUCCCUGAAAUCAAGAAUUUGUCAGAUUUACCCUCUAGGGUUUUAGGCUGAGUCUUGAGGUUUCCCCACAACCAAUUCUGGCUCGAUCAGGAGGCUAACCUUGGGAGUUCCCAGCCCUCCCUCCAGGGGACUACUGGCCCAAUCUGUGUAUGUGCAUAUUGGUCCAAUCUGCUGUACCACAGAGUAUUGAAGGCCUGUUUUCAAAUCCUCCCUCACCUGUGUGACGUUGGUUAAUUCACUGACUUCUCUGGGCCUUAGUUUCUCCGGUUAAAUAGGAUGCACCAAUUCAUUUCUAGUCCUCUCCAGCUCUAAACGCCGUAAUUUUUGGACCCCGCAGCUUGAGGCAGAGGUCUUCCCCUCCCCCAAUAAUCCCUGCCUUGAGAUACCGUUUCCCCAACCCCCCACCUUCAGCUCUCCUCCCUUCUGCAGUCCAGGUUUUGGGCCAGCUAGACCUCUCAGCUUGGUGGGGUUGCUAUGCAGGCGAGCAUCAGCGGGGAGGGCUCAGGACUCGGGAUAAACACAGCAGCUUCACGGGUUGGUGAUUUAAUGUAUGGAACCCUUGUGCUUUUGGAAGUGCCCAUGUCAGACCUGUCACCCCCAGAAGGAGAGCCUCCUGAGGCAGAUGAGGAGGAGAUUCCCAGUGAUGAGCAGGGCCUCAUCAUCCACCACCCAGCAGAGGAACAGGCAUACCGAUGCCUCUUGUGUGGACAGACCUUCCCUCAGCAGUCUAGCCUAGUUCGGCACCAGAAGGCCCAUGCGAUGAUAAAUGGAGCAGGGAGGGCUUUGUAUGUCUGUCCGGAAUGUGGCAAGGCUUUCAACAUCCAGCACAACCUCUCUGUCCACCAGCGCACCCAUACAGGUGAGCGUCCCUUCCCAUGCCCUGAGUGUGGACGGCGAUUCAGCCUCAAACAGAAUCUGCUCACCCAUCGACGCAUCCAUAGUGGCAAGAAGCCUUACCAGUGUGCCCAAUGCAGGCGCUGUUUCCGAGAGGCCCGCUUCCUCCUUAACCAUCAGCGUACUCAUGCCAGGAUGUCCUCUACCACACCUCAAUGCUCUGGAGUCUCUGGGGAGCAGUGAUGCCACUUUUGUCUUUGCUAUGCUAUGAGGUCAACACUCACCCAUGCCGCCAUGGUCAUAGAACUGAGAGGCAAGGUGCUCACCUAAGCCAGGCUCAAUGUUCCAACCGCUGUUUCUCCCUUGACCCAGAGCCCUUGCUGUAAUAAGACAGUACACAACUAGUUCACUGAAUUCAUAUCUGCUGAGUUCUGCUUUUCAACACCUAACCCUGGAGAUAGAUGAGAGAGUGGGUCCGUGAUGGUGGUGAAGGAAUCUCAGACCCUAAAAAAUGGGAGAACUGGUUCUUGAAGGUGUAUGAGGGUUAUCUAGCUCCUACUGACCCCUGGAAUUCCUUGGAGGGUCCCCUAAGCCCUAGGAAAUCCCAUCUUGCUGAGCAUAGUUGCUUUGGUCAGUAAUAUUGCACCCUUUAUUAUCAUCUUAUUUGUAGCAGAUGAGAACAUUUGGGAACAAAGAAGUCUGAGACAUUUCCGGAAUGGAAAUGUCACUUUAUGGUAUUUUUGGGGAGGAAGACUAAGAGAUGGGGAUUCUAGUCAGUAUCAUUAUUUCAACUCACUUUUAUAAAAUACUUUCUAUUUGGCAGGAUGCUUGGAGAUCGCACAGAUGAUGCUUUUCUCCUCUUUGUUUUUUCUCUGUCCCCACUUAAUUGGCUAUGCUACUUAUUUCCCAUGUGAUCUUAGGGAAAUAAUUUCACAUCCCUGGGUCUCAGUUUCUAGAUAUUGCUAAUAUCCCCACCAAAUCUGAAUCAUAAAACUUGGCCUUCUCCUUUCCCAUUUCUAACCUCAAACAGCCUGGUCCCACCACCUACUUGGAUAAGUGCUAAAGGUUCUGCUCAAAAUUACCACUUCUUUACCAGUGAAUUAGCAAUUAUUUGUGUAUAGGGAAUGAUAUAAGCCUAUAAUUCCUGUUACCAAAGGAGGCUGAGGCUGUGGAUCAAUCAAGUUCUGGAAUUCUAAGGUGCACUAGGGCUAAAGUUUAUUGGAUAUCUGCACUAAGAUUAACACUAAUAUGGGGAGCAGCUAAAGAGGGACCCAGAUCAGAAUUGGAGAAAGCCAAAGCUUCCAUGAUGAUCUCCAGUGAGUCAAUGAGUGGUCCCUCUUAUUUCCAGCUUAUAAGAGAAGGGAAGCAAUCCGAAAAAUAUAUUAAUGGAAUAAUAUAAACAUAUGUGUGGUAUAGGAUGAGGAUUGGAGAGGUGGUACUGUUUAGGAAAAAUGCUGACAUUAAUGUGAAGAUAUACAAGAGGUAAUGACCAUAGGACCAGGACAUUCAUUCAUUCAUUUAACCAAAAAAUUUUUUGUUCCAAAAUAUGGGAGUUCAAUCCACUCUUUCCCAAGGGGCUAUUGGCAUAUAUGGCUUGUAUCAAUUUAUAAUCAUGAUCAAAGUGAUCAUCACAAUAAAACUUCCCAUUUGAAUAGUUCUUUUUCCUUUUCAAAGUACUUUGGCAACUUGGAACCAUGUAACACUCUUGGGAUUUAGAAAGGUCAGGGAUUAUUAUGAAUGUAACCCUGGCUUGGAAUGUUACCUACAAGUGUUACCUUGGAAACUUAAAGUGGUGAAAGAGCUUGUCUGUAGGCAGACAGACAUUACCCAGAGUUCCUGAAGUGCCUGUGACUUUGAACCUGAUGAACUCAUGAGAAGAAGGAGAGCAGUCAUGCUGAAGAGACUGGAGAUAUGGAUGAAACCCUGGCUGUGACUUCUGUGAGGAUCUGAUUAAAGAGCUGUUGGUCUGAUCAAAGAUGGCAAUUGGCCAUCAACCAGCUGGCAGAUGUGAAUGGAGGUUAUGGAGGCUGAGACAUACACUGAUGAAAGUAGAGUGAGGAAUGGACCAGACCAAAUUAUAUUGGUUAUGUUUGGAAUCAACAGAUCAUGGAGGGGUUAACUGAGAUGGGCAUACUUGGCCUAUAACACUUUCUUUUACUAUUCUCUCUUUCUGACUAGCUGGGUUGCCCUCCAUUUGCCAGUCUAAAAUAAUCUCUGUUGCCCUUCUUAAUUCCAUUGUUGAGUGGAGGGAGGCAAUAAAAGAAGAGAAAGAUCAUUUUGUUCUUUAUAGGUUGUAGCUCCAUGCAGCAGCAGCCUUUUGUACAGUUGAUUUCCAAGUUGCUCACUUUUAUCCUUAAUGCUAUUUGAAAUUGCUGAAAAAAUAAGGGCCAUUGACUUAAGGUGGCUUAGUUAUUGAAUAUGUAGCCCUAGAGUGAACAAGAGGAGCCUGUACUUUAAAAAAGAGGACAGGAAAUUUUUUUUUUCCUUCAGGAGAAGCUUGGGUAGAGAUAGGAGCUAAUAAGAGGAAGUAUCAUACUUUUAUAAUAGCUGAGGAUUUAAGGGGAAAAGAGAGAGAGACAGAGAGACAAAGAUAGAGAUAGAGACAGAGGCAAGACAGAGAGAGAAUGCCAAAGACAAGCCCUUGUAAUGAGGUAGGUAGGGUCAAUGUUGCCUUUUUAUCCUAAAAGCACUGAGGCUAUUACUUGGAUUUAAAUUCAGAUCAUCUCACUUCUGAGAGACUUGGGCUCUUUCCAUUAAACAAAGUCCACCAUCUUGUUUUCUACCAAUUCUCUGGCCCUGAGGCAAGGAUAGAUCCACAGCUGAGGAUUAGACCUGUGGCUGAAGCUAGAGAUGAUACAAAUGCCAACUGCACAUUAAGGACCCCGGAGAAUCCAAUGGAUUGACUUGUUCAUUAGAGACUUUGUCUUAUGAGGAGCCAGCCAAGUCUAACCACCAGUAGAGUGAUCUGCUUGAUGACUUUAUAAAGAAAUAAAUUCCAGAUCCUGAAGUAUCAGGAGUUGUGAAUUAUCCUUUGUCACAUGUAUAUUGUAUAUGGAUACCUCACUACCACCGAACAUUAUUUGAAUCUGCCCUUCUCAUGAAUGUUGUGUGUAUAUCUGUGGGAGAGUACAACCUAGACCAUUGGGAGGAGUGUUAUAUCAACUGUUCUUACUGUACCAUCUUAGUAAAUCCCUUUGCUAAAACUCAA